AUGAAAAUGAAUCUACAGCAUUUAUUUACCUUUUUCAUACUAAACAUAGCAGUUGUCCUAACAGCUUCAUCUCAAGAUAUAACAUCAAAAAUUAAAGAUGUAGAAACAUUAUUUGCAACACAAGGUCCAACAUCAUCAGUAUUACAAGAAUUUGAUCAAAUAAUAAAUGAUAUAAGGAACAGCAAAGAGGAAUUAAAAGAGUUUGAUAGAUCAUUAGCUCAAUUGCUAUUUAAAAGAGCAUUAAUUGAAAUUAAUUUAAAUAAAGAAAAUAAUGCAAUAAUAGACUUAAAAGAUGUUUUAAAAAUUGAUCCUUCUUUAAAAACAGCAAGAAAUAAAUUAAUUGACUUGUAUAUUCAUAAAGGAGAUGUUGAAAAUUUGGAGCAUUUAAUUAGUAAAGAAAAUAAUUCACACGUCAAGGAAAUUGUAGAAUUAUAUAAAUAUCAUUUAACUCAAGCUCAAACAUUUUUAAAACUGCAAAAAUAUGAAGAUGCAAUAAAUGAAUUAAAUAAUUUAUUAAUUAUAAGUAAAUCAAAUUAUGAAAUAUAUGAAUUGUUUUUAAAAUUAUUAUUAGAAAUUUAUAAAAUUAACCCCCAAAAACAAAUUAAAUUAAUAGAUGAAGAAAUGAAUAUAAAUAAAGUAAUAAUUCGUGUAUUACAAAAUCUUUUAAAAAUUCAACCAGUUAUAAAUUUAAAAUAUUAUUCAAUAUUAUCAAAAUUUAUAUUAUUUACAGAAUUACAAUUUGAUCAAUCUAACAAGAUUAUAAAAAAUUGUUUAAGAAUUGAUAAUGAUUUUAAAUCUUGUGGAGAAAUAUCUAAAUUUUAUUCAAAAUUUCAAAAUUUUUUAAAAAUUUUAGAAAAUUAUUCAAUCUUGAAUGGUUAUUUAUAUCCUAAUCUUGCUGAAAAUGAACAGAAUUUUCAAUUAGAUGAUGAAGAUUUCGAAAAUUAUAAAUUUAAUUUUGAAGAAAUUAAUCAAUUCUUAUUCCAUGAUGAAUUAAAAUUAAGUAGAUUAGAAAAGAAAAAUAAUUUAAAGAUCAAGAACAAUUAUGAAUAUUUAUUAUUAAAGGGUGAUGAAUUUUUAAAAGAAUUUCAAUUAGGAUCAUCACCACCAAAUAAUUUAUUAUUUAUUCAAGAUUUAAAUAAAAUUUCAUGUGAAUCUUAUAUACAAAUUGGUUCAACUUCACCAACAAUAUGUAAAAAAUGUAAAAAUGAUGAAAAUCCAUUCUUACCUGAAUUAAUACCUGAAAUAGACAAGCUACUAAAACAAAAAAAUUAUGAUAAAGUAGAAUCAAUAAUGCAAAAAUUUAGUAAAAAUGUUCAAAAGACUUCAUUAUUUAAAAAUCGAUUUAAAAAAGUAGAAAGUUAUAAACAAAAAUUUCAACAAGAUAGAAUGAGACAACAGCAACAACAGCAACAACAACAUCAGCAACAACAACAACAAUAUUUCAGACAACAACAACAACAACAACAACAAUUCAGACAAAAUCAACAACCAAAAAAACCAGCUAACGAUUAUUAUAAAAUUCUAGAUAUUCCCAAAGAUGCAGAUGACAAAACUAUUAGAAAAGCAUAUAGAACACAAACUUUAAAAUAUCAUCCAGAUAAAUAUAAAGGAAAAGAUUUAACACCAGAACAAAUUGAAAAAAAAAUGCAAGAUAUAAAUAAAGCUUAUGAAAUUUUAUCAAAUAAAGAAUUAAGAGAAAGAUUUGACAGAGGUGAUGAUCCAAAUGAUCCUUUAACUAAUGGUCAAAGUCAACCACAAUGGGCUAGUCAUCAACAACCUGGUGGUGGAGGAUUUGGUGGAUUUGGUGGACAAAAAUUCCAAUUCAAUUUUGGUGGUAGUGGUGGUGGUGGUGAUUUUUUUCAACAAUUUUUUGGAAAUAUGGGUGGACAAGGUCAAAGAAGUGGUGGAGGUCCUAAAUUUAAUUCACAUCAAAAAGUUAAAAUAAAAAAGAACAAAAAGAGAACAUAA